CUCACCCUUACCUGCUAAUGGACGAUCGAGGGGUCAGGCGCGCGGGAGGAGCACAUAUGACCUUUUACAUCUAAUUACCUCACAUUCAUUACCGAUCUGUCGACGCUCCGAUCAAGCGCAUCUUACUUACUAUUUUUACAUACUGAAUUCUGUACCUAUAUCUGCAUUUGUGGAAGCUGAUUAAACAACUAUACUGUACAAACUGUCUAUCCAUCAUUGAAGAGCACCGAAUUAUCCCACAAUUGAUGGUGACCCCGACGUGAUGUGGAUGAUGCAACUGGAAGGCGAAGAUAUCCCGGAAUGAGUGAAUACCUACUGGAUCCGAAGGAAGAGAAAAUCGGGAUAUAGGCUGGUGAGAACUAGUGAUUUUGGCAGCGGCGGUUUCCAUCAGCGGAGCCGAGUCACACCGUGUCGAGUUGCAUUGCCCGGCCGGUACCUAUUGUGCACAGCUGUUGUCGGCGAUAAGCUGACCUACUCAUCGUUUUACGAGGUUGGAUUCAAUUUAAUUAUUUAUAACUAACAUCUUCGUUAUUUUCGCCUACAAAAUGACCGAAUUAAAGGAUCUUUUAAAGCAAAGGGCCACAGUUAGAGGCCGCGUAACAUUAUUUGAAAAAUAUUUAACGCCAUUAAUGAGUCUCGAUAGUGUAACUGAGCGUAAUAAAUUAAUAAACAACGAAUUAAGUUUAAGAUUGUCUAAAUUCCAAGAGCUGAGUUACACUUUCGAUGAAAUUCAGACUAAAAUUGAGGCUUUAGAUAGUGAUACGUCAAAACAGAUGGAAGAAAGGGAGCAAACAGAAAACCAGUUCUUCCAGCUGAUUGGCACGGCUCAAGAAUAUUUAGAUGCGUUUACCAAUAGCAAAAUUAAACAAAGUGACGAGAUUUCAUGUCGUGGCAGUUCCACAUCAGUUACGAAUCACGUUAAACUGCCACCCCUGAAAAUUCCUCCCUUCAGUGGUGAUACAAAUAAAUGGCUUCAGUUUCGAGACAUGUACAUAUCUCUCAUUCAUAAUAAUGACAAUUUAGAUAACAUAAGCAAAUUUCAUUAUUUAAAAUCAUACUUGGAGGGUUCCGCUCUGGCGGUUAUUAAUUCGGUCAGCGUUUCUAGUGAUAAUUAUCAAAUUGCUUGGUCGUUGCUCUGCGACAGGUACAACAAUAAGCGCCUAUUAAUUAACGAACAUAUUAAAUGUCUAUUUUCAAUUGAGGCGCUAUCUAAAGAGUCCGACCGGGGCCUACGCAACUUAGUUGAUGCAAUUUCAAAAAAUUUAAGUGCUUUGAAGUUAUUAGGCGAACCGACUGACAGUUGGGGCACGCUUAUUAUUUAUAUAGGCUCAUCGAAGUUAGACUCGGUAACCGCGAGAAAUUGGGAGGAACAUCGAAGCAAAUUAGAGACUAAUAAUUUAGACGAUUUUUUCGACUUUCUUCGUAAAAGGGCAACUGUAUUAGAAACAGUCUACGCCGCCAAAACCUCAAAUACUCAAACUCAUAAUAAUAAGGUUGAAAAUCGUCAAACCUUAAAUAGGUCUAAAUCCUUCAUUUCUUCUUCGCUCGAUUCACACCCCCGUGGUUGUUGUUUAGCUUGUAAACAAGAUCAUAAAUUAUAUGAGUGUAACAAAUUUAAAUCAAUGUCUGUGGAAGAACGUAUUGCAAAGGUUUAUCAAUGGAAAUUAUGUAACAAUUGUUUACGUAGUGACCACCAGACAUACCAUUGCCGCCUCGCUGGUUGCCGCAUUUGUAAAAGAAGGCACAACACUUUACUUCACAAAGUAAACAACCUACCCAGUGGUUCUCAACCGCAUCAAACACAAUCAUCAUCAUCAUCAUUUCGACAAGAUGCACAAAAUAACGUAGAAGCGUCUACGUCUACAUCUAUGCCUACCAGUUCAGUGUCUAAUGUUGAAAUACCUACCAACAACACUGACAACGCAUCUUCUUGUCCGCGUCCGGCAAUUACACUGUCUGCUGGCUCUUCAGGCCUGGGUGUUCACUCCACGGCCAUAGUUGAGGUGUCAAACAAUGGCAACAUUGUCAAACUGCGCGCUCUUCUUGACAACGGCGCGCAGUCUUCUUUUAUAACGGAGGCGGCACGAGCUAAGUUAGGAUGCCCUAUAAUUAAAGAACACGAAUGCGUGUACGGUCUUAAAAAUGCAUCAGUAAAUAUUGUCGAACAUUGCAACAUAAAAAUUAGGUCUACGUAUACCUCAUACACUACGAAUGUCAAAUGUUAUAUUUUGCCAGUCGUAACCGGGAUUGUUCCUCAAAACAAGAUACGAGUUGAGGAAUUAGACAUCCCUGGUCACAUCCAAUUAGCUGAUCCUGACUUCCAUCUCCCUGGAGAUGUCGAUAUACUUCUAGGUUUAGAUAUCUUCUGGGACGUUCUGGGCACUUCUCAAAUAAAGCUCGGACCAAAUAAACCAGUCCUCCAUGAAACUGAGUUUGGAUGGAUCCUUGGUGGCCGCAAUAGCUGGAAAAUUACAAAGCGUCCUAGUAAGUCUUAUUGCUAUUUCAGUCAGGACAUACAACAACAACUUACAAAGUUUUGGGAACUAGAAGAAGUUCCUAAAGACAAGCCCACUUCAAAUAGCGACCAAUACUGCGAAGCUCUUUUUCAAGAAACUACGCAGCGUGACGAAGAUGGCAGAUUUUGUGUACAAAUACCUCUUCGUGAUUCACCAGAUGUCUUAGGCGACUCUUUUAAAAUAGCCGAAAGGCGACUUCAUCAAAUGGAACGUAAAAUGAAACAAAAACCUGAAUUGAAACAAGAGUAUACUAAAUUUAUGCAAGAGUACGAGCGCCUAGGACACAUGAGUGAAGUACCUAAACCCGAGCGUGGGUGCUAUUUGCCACACCACUCUGUAAUUCGCGAAUCUAGCGAAACUACGCGCCUGAGAGUUGUCUAUGACGCGUCAGCAAAAACGUCAUCUGGCGUGUCAUUCAACGAAAUACAACAUGUCGGACCUGUAGUCCAGGACGAUCUCUUCUCCAUAUUGCUUCGUUUUAGGCAACACAAAUAUGUAGUAACAGCCGAUGUGGAGAAGAUGUAUCGCCAAAUAUUAGUAAAGCCCGAACAACGUCAUCUCCAAAUGAUUUUAUGGCGUGAGCAAUUUGAUCAGCCAAUUAAAAUAUAUCAACUUAACACUGUUACCUACGGUACCUCUUCUGCACCAUUUCUAAGUACGCGGUGCCUUGUGCAGCUCGCGAAUGAGUGCAGUGAUGCACGAGUUGCUGAUGUAAUCAAACACGACUUCUAUGUAGAUGACGUUAUCACAGGGAGCAGUUCAAAGGAGGACUUGUGCUACAUAAUAAAUUCAAUAACGGAAGUUCUUCAUUCAGCGCACCUGCCAUUGCGUAAAUUCCGUUCUAACAUCGGUUCCGUCCUCCAAGACAACUCUAAUUCAUUGAUACCGAAAGAUCUAGAUUUCAGUUCACAAUCAAGCGCGCUAGGACUCAAAUGGGACCCUAGCACUGACACAUUCAACUUUCCUGUCGAUAUAAAACAAUCGUCAGUAGCCACCAAGCGAUCAAUCUUAUCGAACUCUGCUAGGUUGUUCGAUCCUCUAGGGUUGUUAAGCUUAUGUACUAUUGUACCCAAAAUCAUUCUAAAAAAUCUAUGGCUAACCAAGCUAGACUGGGAUGAUCCUAUUCCCACAGAACUGUCGAAAGCAUGGUUUAAUUUCGUUCAAGGCCUUAAGAGCCUGACCAACUUUCAAAUACCCAGAUUUGUCCUUACUGACGAUCCCGAUGCAAUCGUCGAAUUGCAUGCAUUCUGUGAUGCAUCUCAAGAUGCGUAUGCAGCAUGCGUCUACUUACGUUCAAUUAGUAGCUCAGGUAACGUGUCAGUUAACCUGUUAUGCGCUAAAACGAAAGUAAGUUCCGUGAAAGCUCAGACCAUCCCGCGUCUAGAAUUGUGUGGAGCUUUGUUAGCUGCACGUCUAAGCUCAAAGGUUAUCGAAGCUUUGCGACUUACAGUCUCAAAUAUCUAUUAUUGGACAGACUCAUCUGUAGUUCUAGGAUGGAUCUGUUCACCUUCACAAACCCUUAAAACGUUUGUAUCAAAUCGUGUCGCAGAGAUUCAGCAGCUAACAGCUAAUGGAUCCUGGAGACACGUCCCGGGUGUUCAAAACCCCGCGGACUUAGCAUCCCGUGGUGUCAGUCCAGCACAAGUAGCUGAUGCUGACCUAUGGUGGCAUGGUCCCUGCUUUCUAUUAGAAGGACCAUUGGCCUGGCCAGAGGUUAUUAAACUUAGUGCCAACAUACCUGAAAUUAAAACAAUUAAAACUAAUUCUAAACCUAAAACUACUAUACCUAUAAUAUGCACUACAACAGUACCUACAUCUACAACUUGUGACAAAUUAAUAAAUAUCGAAAAUUUCUCUAAAUUUACAAUAUUAUUACGCAGCUUGGCCUAUGCACUGCGUUUUAUCCACAACAUACGACACUCAAAUAAUAAAACUACCGGUCAUCUAACUACAGACGAACUACAGUUAUCAUUGCAUCAUCUUGUUAGACAACACCAAGAGGAAUGUUUCGAGCAUGAACUACAUCUAUUAAAUAACAAAAAAUGCUUACCUUCAAAAUCGCGAAUCCUGUCUCUCAGACCUUUCGUUGAUGAGAAAAGCAUCCUCCGAGUAGGUGGACGCAUUCAAAAUUCAUCUGAAAUAUUUAGUAAAAUGCAUCCGAUUAUAUUAGAUUCAAAAAAUGUUUUCACCAAACUACUGUUCAUUCACGAACAUAAAAAACUAUGCCACGGAGGUCCACAGCUACUACUGACUAAUGUCAGGCAACUGUACUGGCCUGUGGCUGGAAGAAGAUUAGCGAAAUCUACUGUAAACAACUGUAGAAUCUGUAGAAUACUUAAAGCUAAAUCUGUCAUACCAAUAAUGGGAAACUUACCCUCCGCUCGAGUCACCCCCAGCUUCGCUUUCGAGGUUACCGGCAUCGACUUCGCUGGUCCGUUUCCAACUCGUGAUCGAAAGGGACGCGGUUGCAAAAUUAUUAAAAGCUAUCUAUGUAUAUUCGUCUGUUUUGCAACCAAAGCAAUUCAUUUGGAAAUUGCAUCAGACUUGAGUGCAGAGGCAUUCAUCAUGUGUUUGAACCGUUUUAUCUCUCGCAGAGGAAAGCCCAGCGUAAUUCAUUGUGACAAUGGUCGAAAUUUUGUGGGCGCAAAUAAUGAAUUUAAAAGAUUCUUACAAUCUUGCGGUGAAUCCAUCUCGUCUUACGCUGCCGGUGAAUUCAUAACGUUUAAGUUCUCACCUGCUUACUCACCGCAUUUUAACGGUCUUAGUGAAGCCGGUGUGAAGGCUGCUAAGCAUCAUAUAACUCGAAUGGUAGGGAACACUAACCUCACUUUUGAGCAAUUAUCGUCUUUGUUUGCACAAGUCGAGGCAAUUUUAAACUCUCGACCUAUAACUCCCCUAUCAGCCGAUCCUACUGAUCUUUAUCCCUUGUGUCCCGGGCACUUCCUGAUCGGUAAACCGCUCACUUCAUUGCCAUCUCCGGCGCUCACCGAACUCAAUCCAAACCGACUCAGAAAAUAUGAGCAAAUUGAGCAGAUUCGUCAACAAUUCUGGGAGAGAUGGCGCACCGAAUACUUGAACGAGCUGCAACAACGAUCGAAGUGGCGCAUCACUCAAGGAAAACUCGCUGAAGGCGAUAUGGUGGUACUAAAGGAGGCCAACUUACCACCACUCAAAUGGCGCAUGGGCCGCAUCCAUCGACUGUAUCCAGGAGCCGACGGCAUCGCACGCGUCGCCGAUGUGAACACGUCCAAGGGCCUCAUUCGCCGCGCUGUUACAAAUCUAUGCCCCCUACCUAACGAUGAGUGCGAAGAAGCUACUCGAAAACCCACAGUUUCCGAGGGGGGGAAGAUGUCUACACUCACCCUUACCUGCUAAUGGACGAUCGAGGGGUCAGGCGCGCGGGAGGAGCACAUAUGACCUUUUACAUCUAAUUACCUCACAUUCAUUACCGAUCUGUCGACGCUCCGAUCAAGCGCAUCUUACUUACUAUUUUUACAUACCGAAUUCUGUACCUAUAUCUGCAUUUGUGGAAGCUGAUUAAACAACUAUACUGUACAAACUGUCUAUCCAUCAUUGAAGA